AUGAGUUCACUAAAUAUUUUCCCUUCUACCUUAAUCUCUAAUAAAAAAUUCCCAAUAAUUUUCCAAGAAAAAAACUCCCAAUUUUCGCUCCAUCGAAAAAAGAAACUACAACUUCUUCAUGACCAAAAAUAUGUUUCUAGUUUUAUUCAAUUAAACCAAGUUUCAUCCAAAAGAAAUUGCCUAUUAUACCCUUUGAAAUGUAAUAAAUCAGAUAAUUCAGAAAAUAAUAAUCCAGAAGAAGACCCAAAAGCUAUGGAAACAGUACAAAAACUUUAUAAAGCACUUAAAAAUAAAAAUCUUAUUGAAUUGUCUGAUAUAAUUGGAGAAGAAUGUAGAUGUAUUAGCAAUGUUGCCUCCUCUUUACAAACUUUCUAUGGCAAGGAGCAAGUAAUAGAUUUCUUCAAAUCAAUCAUAAAGCUCCUAGGGAAUAACUUUGAGAUUGUUUUCAAACCAACUACACAUGAUGGAACAGAUGUUGGGGUUGCUUGGAAACUAGAAUGCAGUGACACUCAUAUUCCUAUUGUGAAAGGUUUCGGAUUCUAUCAUUGCCAUUAUUACAAGGGUCGUAUGAUGAUAAGGAAUGUGGAGAUGAUCAUGGAGCCACUCCUUCAAAUUGAGCCACUUAGAUUGAAAAUAUCAUCCUUCCUUUUGAGAACAAUUCAAAAGAUGACUCCAAAUAUUUUGAAGGGGAAGAUGAAAGAGGCAAUGAAAAUUUUGUUAAUGAUUCUACUAUUUGUAGCUUUGCUGUAUUUGAUUAAGAACUUCAUGUAAUUCACUAGUAAUUUCCUUUUUUGAUUCAU